GUAUAUACAUAGCUAAUUAUCACUCUUUAGGUUCUAGUGACUUCUUCGUCUCCUUGAUACACUCUCAAAUCGAUCGAUAGAUAAAAUUCUGCAUUUCUUUCCUUGUUUCGAGUUUUCGUGAGAAUUUUUCUCCGAUUUGAGAGCCGAAAAUUUAUAGGUCAACAGAAUGGAGGAUUCGAAACGAAAGAUUUGGACUGUGCAGUGUGUCUUACUUUUGUUGAUCGGUUCAUGCAUUUCUCAGCUCUGCGCUUCUGACGAUGUGAAAUUUUAUGACUCGUUUGACGAUGCAUUUGACGGGCGAUGGGUUGUUUCCAAGAAUGAGGAUUAUACAGGCGUGUGGAAACACUCAAAGAGCGAGGGACAUGAUGAUUAUGGGCUUCUUGUGAGUGAGAAGGCCAAGAAACAUGCAAUUGUAAAGAAACUAGAUGAAGCUAUUAAUCUCAAGGAUGAGACAGUUGUCCUUCAAUAUGAGGUCCGUCUCCAGAAUGGUCUUGAAUGUGGUGGUGCUUAUCUCAAGUACCUUCGUCUUCAGGAUGCUGGCUGGACUCCAGAGGGAUUUGAUAACGAAUCUCCCUACUCCAUAAUGUUUGGACCUGAUAAAUGUGGAGCUACAAACAAGGUUCACUUCAUUUUGAAGCACAAGAACCCUAAGAGUGGGGAGUUUGUUGAACACCACCUCAAGUAUCCACCCUCUGUUCCUUCUGACAAAUUGACCCACGUGUAUACUGCCAUCCUGAAAUCAGAUAAUGAGCUGAAAAUUUUGAUUGAUGGAGAGGAGAAGAAGAAGGCUAAUUUCCUCUCAUCUGAAGAUUUUGAGCCGCCACUCAUCCCUUCUAAGACCAUUCCCGACCCAGAUGAUAAGAAGCCUGAGGAUUGGGAUGAGAGAGCAAAAAUCCCAGAUCCAGAUGCCAAGAAACCAGAUGACUGGGAUGAGGAUGCUCCAAUGGAGAUUGAAGAUGAAGAUGCUGUGAAACCUGAGGGAUGGCUUGAUGAUGAACCCGAGGAGAUUGAUGAUCCUGAGGCUACGAAACCAGAAGAUUGGGAUGACGAGGAAGAUGGUGAAUGGGAGGCUCCUAAAGUCGAUAACCCCAAGUGUGAAGAGGCACCUGGGUGUGGAGAGUGGAAAAAGCCAAUGAAAAGGAAUCCUGCUUUCAAGGGUAAAUGGCAUGCACCCCUCAUCGACAACCCUAAUUACAAGGGUAUUUGGAAGCCUCAGGAAAUUCCAAACCCUGACUACUUUGAGCUCGAGAAGCCAAACUUUGAGCCCAUUGCAGCCAUUGGCAUUGAGAUCUGGACAAUGCAAGAUGGCAUAUUGUUCGACAAUAUUUUGAUAGCUUCUAAUGAGAAAGUUGCAGAAACAUACCGGGCUACUGCAUGGAAGCCAAAAUUUGAAGUAGAGAAAGAGAAACAAAAGGAGGAGGAAUCUACUGAUUCAGAUGGUCUUAAAGGGAUUCAGAAAGUGGUAUUUGACUACCUUUACAAGAUUGCGGACAUCCCUGUGUUGGGUGAUCACAAGAUUAAGGUCUUGGAGCUUAUUGAGAAGGCUGAGAAACAAGCAAACCUGACAAUUGGAGUCCUCGUCUCCAUUAUAGUUGUCAUUCUCUCUCUUCUAUUGAAGGUUAUCUUUGGUGGGAAGAAGCAGCCUGCCCAAACGCAUGUGGAGACAAAGAAACCUGAUGUUGCUGAGACUUCAAACGACCAGGGUGCUAGCACUGAGGAGAAGGAAGAGCAAAACGAGGAUGGUGCUGCUGCUCCUCGCAGGAGGAACGCCAGGCGUGACAGUUAAGGGAAUGAACUUCCAAUUGGAAGUUAAAUAGAAAUGAUCUGUGGUCACCAUUGAUAAAAACUCAAUAGGUUUUGGACUUGCAGAUGUUUUUCCAUCCUGGAAUAUUUUUACUUAUUGACCCGAAUGCAAUUUUUUGCUUGUUUAGGUAUGUUAUAGACAAUGGCAAUGUAUAUUAGACAAUCUACUGAGAUUAUGGUGUUUUUCUACGUGGUCGAGGAAAUUUUGGAAGCUUAUGAUCUGCCUAUUGUUUUCUAAUUUGAGCACUUUGUUUUUGAGCUUCAA